GGGGGCGCGGUCACAGCGUCGGCAUUGGCAGCAGCAGCAGCAUGGCGCAGCUCACGGCGAGGUUCCGCACCGAGAACCGCAGGUACGCCGUGGAGGAUGUGCCCUUUUCUGUGCCAGUGGCCUCCGAGGCCGCCGACCUCAGCCGCCUCAUCAACAAGCUGCUGGCCGCCAGCAACGUGGAUCACAAAUGUGUGGAAUUUGACUUUCUUAUCAAUGGCCAGUUCUUGCGUAUGCCCCUGGUCACGCACAUGGAAAUGGAAAAUAUCUCCACAGAAGAAGUGGUGGAAUUGGAGUAUGUGGAGAAAUAUAUGGCCCCCCAGCCAGAGGAAUGUAUCUUACAUGAUGACUGGAUCAGUUCUGUUCAAGCCAGUGAAGAAUGAUUCUCUACCCUGUGAUAGGAUUUUAACUGGCUGCUACGAUCAGACUGCUCAGAUCUGGUCUUUGGAAGGAAAAUCCAUCAUGACGUUAGCUGGGCAUACAGAAGUAGUAAAGGAUGUGGCAUGGGUAAAGCAAGAUAGUUUAUCAUGCCUGUUACUCAGUGCUUCUAUGGACCAAACUAUCCUGCUCUGGGAGUGGAACAUGGAGAAAAACAAAGUGAAAGCCCUUCACUGCUGCAGGGGACAUGCUGGGAGUGUAGACUCCAUAGCUGUUGAUUGCACAGGAACUAAAUUUUGCAGUGGAUCCUGGGAUAAGAUGUUAAAGAUCUGGUCUGCAGUACCUACAGAUGAAGAGGAUGAAAUGGAAGAAGCAGUUAACAGACCACGAAAGAAACAGAAAACUGAACAAUUGGGAUUAACAAGGACUCCCUUGGCAACUCUCUCUGGCCACACAGAAGCUGUCUCCUCUGUGCUGUGGUUAGAUGCUGAAGAAAUCUGCAGUGCAUCAUGGGACCACACAAUUAAACUCUGGGAUGCUGAGACUGGAGAUCUCAAAUCAACUUUGACAGGAAACAAAGUAUUUAAUUCUGUUUCCUACUCACAACCCUGUCGUCGUCUCGCAUCCGGGAGCACAGACAGACACAUUAGGUUGUGGGAUCCUCGUGGCAAAGAUGGCUCCUUGGUUCUCCUGUCUCUGACAUCUCACACGGGCUGGGUGACAUCUGUGAAGUGGUCACCUACCCAUGAGAAUCAGCUGAUCUCUGGUUCUCUGGACAACCUUGUGAAGCUCUGGGACACAAGGAGUUGCAAAGCUCCUCUUUAUGACUUGGCUGCUCAUGAAGACAAGGUUUUGUGUGUGGACUGGACAGAAGCAGGGUUGCUGUUGAGUGGAGGUGCAGAUAACAAACUGUAUUGCUACAGCUACCCAGCUACAGCUUCCAAUGUUGGAGCAUGAAUGUCAACUGCCAGAAGACUUCAUUAUUUUUGCAGUAGUUAUUCUCUGUUAGCAUCCCCACACAACCAACGCCUUGAAGAAAGGAGGGCUGUUUUGUUGCUUGAGAGCUGUUCUUAGUUUUUGUUGGUAAUCUGUAUUUGUCACAGAAAAAUGGAAGUAGCAUGAAAUGAAGGAGUUUUCUUCCAUUUUGAUGGCUUUGAUUAAAUAUCUUUUGAAUGACUAUUUGUAAUUUAAUAAGGAGUAAACUGCUGAUACAGAAAAAAUUACUCUCUGGACUUUACAUGCUUUCAUUUGAAAAAAAACCCCAAACUUUUCUUUACAAUUCUUGGCUUUAAUGCUUCGCUUCAGACAAAAAUCAGACUUCAGCAUACCUUUCAGUAUGGCUGUUGGCAGUUCUUAACAAUUAGGUCCUUAAUUGUUGAACCAAGGCUUCUUGCUAGGAAAACAGUACAUUUGCAGUGCAAAUGGUGUGAUAUACAGGAACAUGACAGAUUUAGGGGCAAAUGUUGCUUACAAGUUAAGGCUGUAAAUUGUAUGAAUGCCUGCCUCGUGCUACUGUUCAUGUUAUGUUGCGGUAAAAUCAAUGUGGUAUCUUACUCCUAAAAAGCAGCAGAUGUGCAGAAACAACUGGAAGAUCACCCAGAGGAAGCAGAACUAAAGAUAAAGAAUCAAUACAAAAAGUUGCAGUAGCUGUUAGGUUGCUGGAGGUUAAGUAAUGUCCAAACAUGCUUAUUUUCUCUGCUGGUGCUCUGCUUUUAAUUCAGCAUUUAAAUGAAAAAGCUAUUACUGCAGUUUGUUAGAUGCUAUAUAUGUGAUGUUAAGCCAGCACAAAGUUUAACAAUAUGAAAAGAGAACUUUACUAUCCUCCCUAAUGUCUUAGCUUUCAAUAAAUGCAAGAGCUGUACAGCACAAACAAGUCAAAUGCUGUAAUUGCAAGAUUAGGAAUUUUUCUUCGAAGUGUCAAAACUCUGACCUCCAGGACUACAGUAUGGAGAAGUUCUGAGUAGGCAGUUCGGGAAAUACCAGAUCAAAAAAAUUACGGAGAAAAUGGAAAAGAUUUGGUCCCUCCCUUGGCUCUUCAAGUAAUGUAUGGCAGUGAACAGACUAGUCUUUACUUACAGAUGCUGCUUCCAAGGAAGUAGUUGUCUUUCAUCUUACUAUCUAUCUGCAUGU